GUUGGCUCGGCGCUGACCACGAUUGGCUCGGCCUCCUUUUUAUUGCCCUGCACGAUGCAUGUCUUCUUCAAGCUCGGCGCGGUGGUCUGCGGCGUCACCACCUACGCUGUGGUCUUCGCGCUUGUGCCCUUGCCAGCGGUGCUGAUGUGCUUCGGGCCCUGCGGCCAUGACUUCCGGUCCAUCCUGGAGCUCUUGGGGCGUGCAGCGCAGAACAUAAUGCCCGAGGACGAGGAAGAGGAGGACGACGAGGACCAGGUUCUGUCCGUAGCUCCGACGGACGAGGUCCGGGAACAUCGCCGUUACGUGCUCAACAUGCCCAGCAAGGGCAUGGGCCAAGUUGGUGACACGUCGCACUUCCAGCCCACUCGCACAAGAAUUGCCAUCCACGGAUGA